AUGACCUUCGCUAAAGAUUACAGAACACUUUAUAGAGAUCAAAUCAAGAAGCAGAUACGACUAAAUCAGGAGCAUCUGCAAAGUUUGACUCACCUAGGUUCACAGAUCAAUUUCGAGGCGGAUCCUCGGAAGCUACCGGAUCCAGAUUCUGCUCGAAAAGUGUUUUUCUUCGAUAUCGAUAACACAUUGUACAAGAAAUCUACAAAAGUACAAUUGCUCAUGCAACAGUCAUUGUCGAAUUUCUUCAAAUACGAGUUAGGCUUUGAUGAUGACGAGGCAGAGCGCCUGAUCGAAUCAUACUACGAGGAAUACGGGUUGUCUGUGAAGGGUUUAAUAAAAAAUAAACAAAUCGAUGAUGUGUUACAAUACAACACCUUUAUUGAUGAUUCCUUGCCUUUGCAGGACUAUUUAAAGCCCGACUGGAAAUUAAGGGAGCUAUUGGUAAAUCUGAAAAAGAAGAAAUUAGGUAAAUUCGAUAGGCUGUGGCUCUUUACUAACUCAUACAAAAACCACGCCAUUAGGUGCAUUAAGAUAUUAGGUAUUGCCGACCUGUUUGAUGGUAUCACUUAUUGCCAUUACGAUAGGCCUAUUGAGGAAGAAUUCAUUUGCAAACCAGAUCCAAAAUUUUUCGAGACGGCUAAGUUACAAAGCGGGUUGCCAACUUUUGCCAACGCUUGGUUUAUCGACGAUAACGAGAGCAACGUAGAAACUGCCUUAAGCAUCGGGAUGGAUCAUGUUAUCCAUUUGAUAGAAGAUUAUCAGUACGAUUCGGAAAACAUUAUCACAAAGGAUCGCACAAAUAAGCAACAGUUUUCCAUAUUGAAGGACAUCCUCGAGAUCCCAUUGGUGAUGAAUGUUAACGUUUUCCACCCGUCGGCUACUGCCAUAAAGGAGAUGGAAGAGAUCGAGGAAGAAGGAGAAACAGUCAAUUGGUCUAAACAACAGAUCAACGUCCAAUCAUCGUAA